GCGCUUUAAAACACACCGAGGAGAGAAGAGAGGAAGAAGAAGAAGGAGAGGAACCGGGAGAGGACUUAUAGCGGAGAGAGGAGAGACGGCUCACCGGAGGAGGAGGAGGAGGAAGAGGAGGAUCUCUGUUUCUCAUCCUGCAGCCUCAGACACCUCAGACACCUCAACCUCAUCCAGGUGUUGCACUGAAGCGCGAGCCCCUCGUGUGGAUGGAAAGGCUCGAGGAGGACGCUUGAUCCUGUCCUUUGAUUUCUUCCUCCAGCUCGAGACCACGUCGUCUCCAUCACCGGAUUGCUGCUGACCUCACCGGAUCUUGUUGUUUUUCUUUAUGUGGCAUUGUUCGUGAACGUUACAGGAAUUACCGUGAUUGUAUUGCUCUACGGUGGUGCGCGUAAAGAUGCGAAUAUAAGCGCAUCCAGGUGUGCCAAACGACGCGCGAGGCAUAUUAUUGUUUUUGGAGGUGGUGUUGGUGGUGUUGGGGGGGGGUUUAAUUUAAACAUUCCUGACACCACGUGCACCCCACCAAAAAAAAAAAAAAAAAAACCUCCGCCUUGUUUUUCUCCCCGGUUCUCCGGUUCUCCGGUUCUCCGGUUCUCCGCGGCACCCUGAUGGUGCGGAAAGGUCGCGGGCGCACGGCGGUUCGAGCUGCCUCUUCGCUUGGACACGCAGCAUCAGCACCAUCACCACGGAGACGCAUGAUGGGUGCAUGAUGAUGAUGAAGAUGAUGGUGAUGAUGGUUCUCGGUUAAUCCUGGAGAUGCUUCUUCUUCUUUUUCCACUGGAGUCGGAUUUAUGUUGCUGUUUCUUCCUUCAGUGGAACCGUUCGCGUGACGGUGAUGACCUCCAUCUCCAUCUCCAUGCGCGCAUCCUCUCGAUGCGCACGAGAGGUCUUCUUCUUCUUCUCCCCAAAACCACUGAGAUAACUCAGAAGAACCGGGGAGGGAGGGGGGGGCAGUAAACCGACACACACACUAACGGAGAGGAGAGGAGGAGAACAACAAGAGGCUGUUCAGGUGCGUGAUGGAGCUGUCCGAGGUGCGGUGCUCCAGCGCGAGCGAGGAGCUGUACACCAUCAACAAGACCUCGAGCAGCAGCAACAACAGCAACAGCAGCGGCGGGAGCGGCGGGAGCGGCAGCGGCAACGCGCGACCCAAACGGCUGCUGUGGCAGAACGCGGUGCGGCACAUCACCGAGCAGCGCUUCAUCCACGAACAGAGCGGUGGAUGCGGCGCGGUGAAGGACGAGUCGAGCGGCGGAGACGACGCGCGGAAGCAUUCAGCGGGCCGCGCGUCGGUGUCGCUGGGAGAGCGGCACAACAACGGCGGCACCAAGGUGUUCCCGGCGGAGCGCGCGGCCAGCAGCGACCUGGGCUUCCUGCAGAUCGACUGCGCGCCGAGCAACUCGGACUUCUUCCUGAACUGGGGCUACACGUACCGCGGCGUCAUCUUCCCGACGCUGCGCAACGCCUUCAAGUCGCGCGACCUGGAGCACCUCUACCAGCGCUACUUCCUGGGCCAGAGGCGCAAGUCGGUGGUGGUGAUGAACAUCCUGGACGUGGUGACGAAGCUCACCUUGCUGGUGCUCCACCUCACCUUGGCCUCGCACCCGAUGGACCCCAUCAAAGGCACGCUGCUGGGCUUCUUCACGGGCAUCGAGGUGGUGAUCUGUGCCUUAGUGGUGGUGCGGAAGGACACCACGUCGCACAGCUACCUGCAGUACAGCGGCGUGGUCACCUGGGUUGCCAUGGCGACGCAGAUCCUGGCGGCCGGGCUGGGCUACGGGCUGCUGGGUGAUGGAGUCGGAUACGUGCUCUUCACGCUGUUCGCCACCUACAGCAUGCUGCCGCUGCCGCUCACCUGGAGCAUCAUGGCCGGGCUGCUCACCUCCGGUCUGCACAUCGUAGUCCAGAUGCUCAUCUCCCAGAAUGCACCGCUCUCUACCAACCAGGUAGCGGCCCAGGCCGUGUUGUUCCUGUGUAUGAACACUGCUGGGAUAUUCAUCAGUUACCUGUCUGACCGGGCUCAGCGCCAGGCCUUCCUGGAGACGCGGCGCUGCAUCGAGGCUCGGCUGCGACUCGAGACGGAGAACCAGAGACAGGAGAGACUGGUGUUAUCAGUCCUGCCACGUUUUGUAGUUUUGGAAAUGAUCAACGACAUGACAAAUGUAGAGGACGAACACCUCCAGCACCAGUUUCACAGAAUCUACAUCCACCGCUAUGAGAAUGUCAGCAUUCUUUUCGCAGAUGUUAAAGGCUUCACUAACCUCUCCACGACGCUGUCGGCGCAGGAGCUGGUGCGAAUGUUGAAUGAACUCUUUGCACGCUUCGACCGCCUCGCACACGAGAACCACUGUCUACGAAUAAAGAUCCUGGGGGACUGUUACUACUGCGUGUCCGGUCUACCUGAGCCCAGACAGGACCACGCCCACUGCUGUGUGGAGAUGGGCCUCAGCAUGAUCAAAACCAUCAGAUAUGUGAGGUCACGUACGAAACACGACAUCGACAUGCGUAUCGGGAUCCACUCGGGCUCCGUGCUGUGCGGCGUGUUGGGACUCAGGAAGUGGCAGUUCGACGUCUGGUCCUGGGACGUGGACAUCGCCAACAAGCUGGAGUCUGGAGGGAUCCCAGGGAGGAUUCACAUCUCCAAAGCGGCUCUGGACUGUUUGAACGGCGACUACGAGGUGGAGGAGGGCCACGGGAAGGACCGCAACGACUUCCUCCGCCGCCACAACAUCGAGACGUACCUCAUCAAGCAGCCGGAGGAGAGCAUGCUCAGCCUGCCGGAGGACAUCAUGAAGGAGUCGGCCACUUCGUCCGACCGCCGGGCCAGCAGCACCACCUUCAACGAAGCGUCCUGGAGCCCGGAGCUUCCCUUCGACAACAUCGUGGGGAAGCAGAACACUCUGGCUGCCCUAACGAGAAAUUCGAUAAAUCUGCUUCCAAACCAUCUCGCACAAGCUUUGCAUGUCCACUCUGGUCCUGAGGAAAUUAACAAGCGAAUAGAGAGCGCCAUCGACUUACGGAGUGGCGAUAAGUUGAGAAGAGAGCAUAUCAAGCCUUUCUCACUGAUGUUUAAAGACUCCAGCCUGGAAGAGAAGUACUCCCAGAUGAGGGACGAGGUGUUCAAGUCCAACCUGGUGUGCGCCUUCAUCGUGCUCAUCUUCAUCACCACCAUCCAAAGCCUGCUUCCCUCUGCCAGGAUGGUAACCAUGGUGAUCCAGUUCUCAAUCCUCAUCGUCCUCCAUUCCUGUCUGGUCCUAGUUACGACAGCGGAAGACUACAAGUGUCUGCCUCUGGUCCUGCGCAAAGCCUGCUGCUGGAUCAACGAGACCUACGCAGCGCGAAACGUCAUCAUCUUCAUCUCGAUCCUCAUCAACUUCCUGGCGGCCAUGAUCAAUAUACUGUGGUGCGACUUCGACAAGUCCAGCACCUUAAGGAACCAGACGUACAACGAGUCGGCCUCCAUCCCAGACAUCUGCUUCUACCCAGAGUAUUUCGUGUUCACGGGGGUCCUGGCGAUGGUGACGUGUGCCGUGUUCCUGCGGCUGAACUCGGUGUUGAAGUUGGCGGUGCUGCUGGUGAUGAUCGCCAUCUACGCGCUGCUGACCGAAGCUUUCUACACCUCGCUGUUUGUUCGCUACGACACCGUCCACCACAACACAGAGAACUUCCUGGGGACCAAAGAGAUCUUGCUCCUGAUGGCCAUGUUCCUCCUCGCUGUGUUUACCCACGGCCAGCAGCUGGAGUACACGGCCCGGCUGGACUUCCUGUGGCGCGUCCAGGCCAAAGGGAUCAACGAGAUGAAGGAGCUGCGAGAACACAACGAGAACAUGCUGAGGAACAUCCUGCCCAGCCACGUGGCCCGACACUUCCUGGAGAAGGACCGGGACAACGAGGAGCUGUACUCGCAGUCCUACGACUCCGUGGGCGUGAUGUUCGCGUCCAUCCCGGGCUUCGCUGACUUCUACUCCCAGACCGAGAUGAACAACCAGGGAGUCGAGUGCCUCAGGCUCCUCAACGAAAUCAUCGCCGACUUCGACGAGCUGCUCGGAGAGGAUCGUUUCCAGGACAUCGAGAAGAUUAAGACGAUCGGCAGCACCUACAUGGCUGUCUCCGGCCUGUCGCCUGAAAAACAGCAAUGUGAAGAUAAAUGGGGUCACCUGUGCGCGUUGGCUGAUUUCGCCAUCGCCCUCAACGAGAGCAUCCAGGAGAUCAACAAGCACUCGUUCAACAACUUCGAGCUGAGGAUCGGUAUGGACCACGGCUCGGUGGUGGCGGGCGUGAUCGGUGCCAAGAAGCCUCAGUACGACAUCUGGGGGAAGACGGUGAACCUGUCCAGCCGGAUGGACAGCACGGGGAUCAGCGGCAAGAUCCAGGUGCCCGAGGACACCUACCUGAUCCUGAAGGAGCGCGGCUUCGCCUUCGAGUACCGUGGCGAGAUCUACGUGAAGGGCAUCAGCGAGCAGGAGGGCAAGAUCCGAACGCACUACCUGCUGGGCCGCAUGCAGCCCAACCCGCUCAUCAUGCAGCCGCGCAAGAUAACCGGCCAGUACUCGCUGGCGGCCGUGGUGCUCGGCCUGGUGCAGUCGCUCAACAGGCAGAAGCAGAAGCAGAUCCUAAACGAGAACAACAUCGGCAUGUUGAAGGGUCACCACCACUACAACCGGAGGACGUUGUUAGCCGCCCGGUAGCUCCGAGGUGGGCGGGGGGGUGCAUCACACCGAAGCAGCUGAUAAGACUGAGCUGUCCUGAAGAGCGGACUGGAGUUUUAGUUCCACGCGGGUUUCUCAGAGGCAGAGCCGCUCUGCAGGCAAACACCAUCCCAGUGGUUGAGUUAAACUUCGGUGGUGAGUAACGUUAGGACUCAGAAAAGCAGGCGGACGUUCUUCAGGAGUCGUAGCGAGUUUAGUAUUUGAGUACUGAAAGCUCUGCCGGUUCCAGACCGCUGAAUGGCUGCACGUAUCUCUGAUAUUUUACAGCAGUUCAUAGGUGUUGUGUUCAGUUGUUUCCACGGUUGGAACAACAGCUGACCCAUCAGAGCUUUGUAGGCAAGGUUAAAAACUGGGGUAUCAUGUUCCUGUACCGGAGCCAGAAUCCAUUCUAAUGCAACUUCUGUUUUGACUGACAGUGGUGUCAGACAUCCGUCGCUACUUGUUAGGGUAAAGUGGAAUCCAUUAUUAUGUUUCAGCCAACCCUUCUGACCCCUAACGCUUCAAUUAUGGUUCUCCAAAGAUAUUCGUAAACGUUACUGCAGGUCUACGCAGAAGGUUAGGAGUUAUGGGGUGUAGAGUACGACUCCCAUAUCACAAAAAGCACAGUUUGUGAAACUUUUUACAAUGGUGUCACACUAUUCCACUGAUCUACAGGUGGCAGUAAUGUACCGAGAAACACCGCAACGCACCAACAAAGGCAAAGAAGAUGAAGACUGCCAGCUAAUAUCCAGGGAUGCUAACAAUGCAGGUUUCAAAUUUAAGAAAAAUUGACUUAUGAAGGAAGGAGUUUGAUAGAUCUCAAGGAUACACACAGUGUGUUUUAGUGAGAAACACUCAAUGCAAACAAAAAAAAGUUGCUACAUACUCAUUUCGGAUGAGUUGGUUGUUGAGAUUAACUACAUGUACAGGCAAUAGACUGUAUAUAUAAGGAUGGACGACGCGUCUCCACUUCCUCCAAAUGUACAAAAGUGAAGCUAUAAACAUCCCGGAUAUGGGAGCUGCCAUCUCGUCAUUUGGAGCCAAAGUCUCACGGCAGUUCGGGAAAUUUAAUCUAUUCGUGUACACAAAUUUCCCUUUUUUUUUCAUGACACUCAGCACAACUUUCAACAACGUAUUUUUUGGGCAAAUUUCCACUCCAG